AUGGCUGAAACUCAAUCGAAACGACAGAGAGAAGAAUCCCAUGAACAAGUCAUUGAGCUUGAAGAUUCAGACUCAAAGCGCCACAAAUCAUACAACAACAUAUUAUCCAUUCUUGACGAAGAACCAGAAGAAAAUGAGCCAAAUCAAGAUUUAUCAGCCAUUUUCUCUACUCUCCAACAAGAACUCUCUGGUGACCCUUUAACCUGUACGGUCUCAGAAGCUGAGCAGGACCAUCAGCCCGGCCCCGCCGCCACCACAACCUCCGGCUGCGGUGAGUGUAGCCCUAAAGAAGAAGAAGAAGAUGAUAGUAUUAAAGUAAUUAGACACCUCCUUGAAGCCUCUGAUGACGAGCUUGGAAUCCCUAACACUAACAACAAAGUUGAAGAAAUCAACUCUGGGAAUUAUAAUGAUUUUGCUGCUUCGUUUGAUGGGUUCUGGGAGCUUGAAGAUGAGGCUGCUAAUUACUACACUGUAUUGCAGUCUGAGCUUUUCAUGUAG